AAAAAUAUGCGAAUCAAUCUUCAAGUUGAGACAAAACUUGUAGGCUUAAUUGGAUUUUCUUAGGCUAAAAGUCUGACCACAAGCCACAAUAGAGAUGGUCAAUGUUAGGUAAUUUAACAGCACUAUUAGAUACAUCGUGACUGAUCUUGUAUUCUUAUAAGGAUAAAAAAAAAUUGCGUUAUUGAUAUAAUAGAAUAAGAUAAUAUUAAAUAUUAUAUUUUUAUGUAGGAACGCAUUUUUGGGACUUUUCUAAACAUGGAAUUGAAUGAGGAACGGAACAUAAUUUUCAUGGCUGGAACAGAACAGAAACGCAAAAAUGCUUUUGUUCCGAAUCCCCGUAAAAAUGCAGGCAUGGUCUGACCAAUGACAUACAAUGAUACCUAAACUGACGAUGCAUUCAUAAUGCAGCAUUCGAAAGCGUCGUUGAAUGCAAAUCAGCUGGACCCGCCAUUUUGGUGACCCUUUCUAGCUUAUCGCUGCAAUGUUCCAAAUUGCAAACCAAUGUCUAUACUUCUAGAUAUGUGUCAGAAAGAGUUUUACCCCAGCGAUGGAGAAUUGAAAUCAAUCAAAGACUUGGAAUGGAAUAAAAAAAUCUCUGAUGCCAAAGAUGAGACUGAACGGCGAUUCCUGGAGAAAGAUUACCAAGAAUAUCUGCGUAAGACUCGGGACCGUUUUCUGAAUAUUAUCAAGUUUAUUAGCGAGCUUUACAAACAUGCCCUCAUCAGUGACAAAAUAUUAAAUGAUUGCCUCAACAAACUUUCCAAGGAUAAAACAACCUUAUCCUAUGAAGCUCUGUGCAACCUUAUACGGUUUUCGGGUAAAGAUUACACUGAAAGAAAAGUGGAGGAGGGGAACAUAAUAGACGAAAUAUUUUUUCGCUUGCUAGGAAAUGAUUUGCUUCCUCCCCAAAUCCGUUCUAUGAUCAAUGACCUUGUAGAGCUAAAAAAUAAUAACUGGGUGCCUCCUAAAGAUAAAGAAGUUCUCGAGCGGUUUGAAUGUAAAACAAGUGACAAGAUAGUAGCCCCUGAAAAUGAGGAACCUAAACCUCGAUCCAUUAACAAGAUUCUUACAGUCAUUAACCCGCCAGAGGACAUCAAAAUUGUAAACCACAUACCUAGCCUCCAAACGCAAUACAUAUCCACUGAACAAUUCAAGCUGACCCCAAAAUCUGGAUGUAAAUCAAAUAAGGCACGCAAACCUAGAAAGAAAAAGCCUAAUUCUACUCCUGAUGGCUCCCUGAUUGUCUCCGACGUUAAUGCCUCCAUCACGGCUUUGCCUACCUCUAUGGAUGCCAACACCACCCCCCAAUCAAACAUCUUGCAUAGCACCCCGCUGAAGCUGCCAUCAAACAGUCUACCAAUUGCAGAAUCAAUGCUGAACACAGCCGUUGGCAAUGAAAACAGCCAUUCUAAAUUUCACACGGGGAAUGUUUUCUCAGUAUCCGCACCCCGAACUCAAGCUCCUUUAUACAUCUCCAACUGCAUUCCGUUAACCGAAACACUGGAAGAGAAAAUUAAGCGCCUCAAGGACAUGUUUGCUAUCAUAGAAAAGGAUAUUACUGAUUCACGAUGCCAAGCUUCCCAAAGAGAUAGGAGCGAGGUAAUGUUCUUAAAGAAGUUGGUAUCCAAGAUGACAAUUGAACAUGGUAUCGAUAUAGUAGACAUUGUAAUAGCAAGAGUCCACAUCAUGGCCCUAGCCAUCCAUUUCAAUUGGGCAACCGCUCUGGCACAUGACACAUCUUUUAUCACGUGUGACCGUCCGGGCACCAAUAGCAAAGUAGUGGUCGAUUGGCCUUUUUGCGAUACCCGUUACUAGGACUGCAUUCUUCUACUUUUUUUUGGCUGAUGCCAUUCCGAUUCGAUCCUUGACAAUCACAACUAGAACUGAUUCUAAUCGUCGACAUUAGGAUCCGUACUAUACAGAUUUUUUACAUUUAUUUUUUUAAUAUUUUAUAUUGUAUUCAUUAUCAUAAGGAAACAUAAAAUGAUCAUGCUAAAACAAAAUUUAUAUAAAUGUCCUAUAGAUUAGU